AUGUCAUACGAAAGUGAAAAUACCGAAGGUGCAUCUAGUGAUGAACAAGAUGUCCCACCCUUCUUCCAAUUCUUGUCGGAGACAAAAAUAUCACCGCUGGUUUCCGAUGACAUGGAAGAUCAGUUGGGAAGGUGUAAAGACUUGUUUCCGUUAACCCAGAAGGUACCGAGCUUCUCGUUGUCGGUUUGGAGUUCAUUCGAUCUCUGUCUCCAAAUUCGUUGUUUGAAAAUGCUGAAGUCAUUGGUUUUAAGAUCUCGUUCUACACAAAACAUUCUCAAUCAUAUGCAAUUCAUUCAACAGCGAGGACUCCACAGUAGAAAUAAAAUGGCAAUGGAGUACAUUGCAAAAGGAUGGAAUGCACUUAAGGAGGUUGAUAGAGUGAUUGACUAUUGUGAACCCAGAGAUAAACGACUCAUCCCUCACCUUAACACUGCAAAAGAUAAUUUUGAAAUGGCUCUAGAAGUUGAUAACUCAAACACCCAUGCCAGAUAUUGGUUAUCCAGAUUGCACCUUAAAUACCAUGUCCCUGGUCAAUGUAAAGCCAUAGGAGCUGCUUUAUUGGUGGAAGCUGCAAAUAUGGGUGAUGCAGAUGCUCAAUAUGAAUUGGGUCGUAAUUUACGAAUCGAGAACGAGGGUGUUGACACGGAUCAAGAAGCUUUUUAUUAUUUGGAGAAGGCAGCAGACCAGUUGCAACCGGAUGCUCUAUACCUUCUGGGAGCUGUCUAUUUAACAGGUGAUUGUGUUAAGAAAGAUGUUGCCUCAGCAAUAUGGUGUUUUCAUAGAGCUUCAGAGAAGGAUCAUGCUGGGGCAGCAAUUGCAUAUGGAUCCCUUCUUCUUAGAGGUUAUGAAGUUCCUACAUCUCUAACAAAGUUUAAUCUAAUAAAAAAUGGGAGGAAACUAAGGAAGAAAACAUGUGAAGCUAAUCCAAUCCAAUUGGCAAGAGAACAAUUUGAAAAUGCUGCAAGAUUAGGAAGUGAUCUUGGAUUCAGAUGGUUAAAAAGACUUGAGGAGGAAGAGAAGAGUCUCCUUGCUGCAUAAAACAUAUGUACCUUACGCAUAAACACUAGUACACGUGUUUUGGAAUAAAAUUUUAUAUUUUAUAUAACUGUCGUUAACUAUUUGCACCGACUUGGUUCUUAUGAAUAUGUCCAAAAGAUCAGUUUACUUUUUGG